AGCAGCUAUUGUUGCAGUCCUAGACUGUCCCGAUAAUGGCCAUUCGGCAGAUUCCUUGCUUGAAGUUCUUUAUGACGACCCGUUUCUGACAAGCACAUGGUCGGCAGCCAGGGGAAGAGUAAAUCCCCCACAGUUUUUCACCCAUUCCCAUCCCCCCUUCUUACCAUCUCAGACUUGCAAUCGACGGCGCGGUCUUCUGUCUAAGAUGUCUUUUGCCGCCGUGAAUUAUUCUGCGACCAUUGACCAGGCGUUCGCGAACGAUUCCUCGCUCCGGAAGCGAGUUUACGAUGCGAUCAAGUCUACUCCCCAGCAUGCCCCUCUCUUUGAGGAUAUCGCAAAAUACACCUUGAACAACGUGCGAUCGGACAAUGCGAACGCGUCACGCACCGUGGUAGUUGCGAACGAAGAACCAGCUCCGAAGAAACGAAAACUACAGAAUGGAGACGCUGAAGCGAGCUCAGAGCCGUUGGCCGGUCUGACGGAAGAUGCGCCGCUGAAAUUUUACAUCCAAGAUGUGUCUUUCUCGGUUCCUAUGCGGAAGAAACUCACGCUGGAGAUGACCGCUGGCGGCUACCUCCGCGCGAGGAAUCAGACGUCCAAACAGGUCGAGUUUGGAUUUCACGUAUCGAAAAUUAGACAUGUUGUCGCAGUUCCUGUACCGGAAAAGAAUCAGCGGCAGUUCAACUUUUGUGUGAUACCUUGGUAUGGUGAUGUCGUUAAUCCUCCGCCGGACGGUGAAGCUGCGCCGGAAGCUAUGGUCUGGACAGUCGCCGAUGGCCCUCCCAAGGCAGCAUUUUCCGGAGCUGGACAGCAGCUGGGCGCGGAGGGUGAGACUGGCGAAAACCUCCUGCGGCGGAUGUUGAACGAAAGCCUCACGCAUACCCAGGUCGUGCGCCCGGAUGACAAGCAGUUCGUGAGUGCGAUGGUUGAGGCGCAUCGAAAGACCGAUAAGGCAUAUCACGUAAAGGCAUUCCGAGGAAGCAAAGAAGGUUAUCUAUUUUUUCUGUCCACUGGCAUCUUCUUCGGAUUCAAAAAGCCCCUGGUCUUCUUCGCCUUCGAGGACAUUGAAUCGAUUUCUUACACCUCCGUCCUACAGAGGACCUUCAACCUCAACAUUGCAACCCGCUCCGCAUCUAACCCUGAGGCGGAGCCCCAGGAAUUCGAACUCUCGAUGAUCGAUCAGGCAGACUUUUCUGGAAUCGACACAUACAUCAAGAAGCACGGUCUACAGGAUGCCAGUCUCGCGGAGGCCCGACGUGCGAAGAAAUACAAUGUCAACGCGCCCAAGAACGAGGAGGCUGCUGUCGCAAAUGGCGCAGGAGAGGAGGAAGAAGAAAGCGAGCUGCAGAAGGCACAACGCGAGCUCGAGGAUCAAGAAGACGAAGAAGAGGAAGACUACGACCCCGGCAGCGAAGGUGAUAGUGACGGUAGCGGCUCGAGCAGCGAAGAGGACGAUGAUGAGGAAGGCGAAGGCGACGAAGAAAACGGAGAGGAGGAUGGCGAGGGUGGAGAUCUGAUGGAUGAACUGGGCAGUGAGGCGGAGGACCCCGAGGACCAGGUGUAAACGUCGUCUUCAUCUAAUCUCUCCGCCCUAUGAGCGGAAUGUGACAUACUUGUCUGGGUCCCCAUGGUAUCACUGCAACAAUGGGUUGCAACCUGUCUUAUUCUUUCUCUCGAUGAUGUCCAUGUUAUCCCCCUUGGGAUGCAUAUGUCUUUCGAAUCCUCUGCGAAAUGUAACAUGACCAAUGAGAUGUACUCUGAAUACCAAAUAUUUUCAUCCACUCACCC